AUGGCCACCACCAACAAACUCAUAGCAAUAUGCAAGUCAGGAACUAUCAAAGACGGAUCCUUAUCUUGUUCCGGUGGCGAUGCCUUUGCAAUAGGCAUCGAUCUAACCACUUCAAUGACCGAUUUCAAGUCAGAGCUCGCUGAGAAUUUCGGUUUUGAUCUUGACACAAUGAGUCUCAAAUACUUUCUCCCUGGAAACAAGAAGACCCUCAUCACCAUCUCCAAGGACAAAGAUUUCAUUCGCAUGGUUAACUUCUCUGCAGAUGCAGGCACUGUCGAGAUCUUCGCCAUACCCGACGAACCUUCUCCCAAAACCGUCUCCAACAUGCCAGCCAGUAGGUCAAGUAGGACAACAAAAGAGGUUGUAGUACCUGCUGUUAACGCUCCUACAGGAGAUGUUGUUGAGGAAGAAGAUAUGAUAGAUGAUUUUCAGAUUGAUUUAGCCAUGCCUGAUGAAACCGAAACCUCAUUGCCGUGCAAUUUCGUUUUGGUUGAGCAGAAACACCACACGGCGAUACAGCAGUGGGAAAACGUCAUCACCGGCGUCGACCAGCGUUUCAACAGCUUCAUCGAGUUCCGCGACGCGCUGCACAAGUUUUCCGUCGCGCACGGUUUCGCUUACAAGUACAAGAAAAACGACAGCCACCGAGUCUCCGUCAAAUGCAAAGCGCAAGGCUGUCCGUGGCGUAUCACCGCGUCGAGACUGUCGACGACUCAGCUAAUAUGCAUCAAGAAAAUGAACCCGAGGCACACGUGCGAGAGAGCGGUGAUCAAACCCGGUUACCGUGCGACUAGAGGAUGGGUGAGAACCAUCUUGAAAGAGAAGCUGAAAGCUUUUCCAGACUACAAGCCAAAGGACAUAGCUGAGGACAUAAAGAAAGAGUAUGGUAUUCAGUUGAAUUACUCGCAGGCGUGGAGAGCUAAAGAAGUCGCUAGAGAGCAGCUUCAAGGCUCUUACAAAGAAGCGUACAGUCAACUUCCUUUGAUCUGUGAGAAGAUCAGAGAGACUAACCCUGGAAGCAUCGCAACGUUCAUGACGAAAGAAGAUUCUAGCUUCCACCGUCUCUUCGUUUCCUUCUACGCUUCCAUCUCCGGGUUUAAACAAGGCUCACGUCCUCUCCUUUUCCUCGACAACGCUGUCUUGAACUCGAAGUACCAAGGUGUUAUGCUCAUCGCAACCGCUCCGGACGCCGAAGACGGCGUUUUCCCGGUAGCUUUCUCCAUCGUUGACGCAGAGACAGAAGAGAACUGGCUUUGGUUUCUCGAACAGCUCAAGUCAGCUCUGUCCGAGUCAAGAAGACUCACGUUCGUUGCAGACUUCCAAAACGGUCUGAAAACUGCGAUCCCGCAAGUCUUUGAAGACGCACACCACGCGUACUGUCUACGUCAGCUCGCUGAGAAGCUGAACACGGACUUGAAAGGACAGUUCUCUCACGAAGCGAGACGUUACAUGCUCAACGACUUCUACUCUGUGGCGUACGCAACAACGCCUCAAGGCUACUACGGUGCGUUGGAGAAUAUAAAAAGCAUAUCUCCUGACGCUUACACUUGGGUGAUAGAGAGCGAGCCGCACCAUUGGGCUAAUGCGUUGUUCCAGGGAGAGAGAUAUAAUCACAUGUACUCAACUUUUGGUCUAGACUUCUACAGCUGGGUGUCUGAAGCUCAUGAGUUUCCUAUAACGCAAAUGAUCGACGAGUUUCGGGCCAAGAUGAUGCAGUCUAUUUACACACGUCAGGUUCAGUCACGGGAAUGGGUCACGGCGUUAACGCCGUGUAACGAAGAGAAGCUACAGAAAGAGAUUGAGCUUGCGCAGUCGCUUACGGUUUCGCCUCCGGAAGGUAGUUUAUUCCAGGUUAACGGGUUGGAAUCUUCGGUUAAUAUAGUUGAUAUCGAUCAGUGUGAUUGUGACUGCAAGAUCUGGCGGCUGACUGGGUUGCCUUGUAGCCACGCGGUUGCUGUGACUGCGUGUUUAGGGAAAAGCGCUUAUCAGUACUGCUCCAAGUACUUGACGGUUGAGAGUUACCGGUUGAUGUUCGCGGAGUCGAUACAACCGGUUCCGAACGUGGAGAGGAUGAUGCUUGACGAGCCGUAUGAGGGGUUGGUUUCGGUGACUCCUCCGCCGACGAGGAGGACGCCGGGGAGGCCGAAGAUGAAGCGUGUUGAGCCGUUGGAGAUGAUGAAACGGCAGCUGCAGUGUAGCAAGUGCAAGGGUUUAGGACAUAACAAGAAAACAUGCAAAGCUAGUGAUGAUUAG